AGCAGAUCUGGUGGGCAGGGCAGCCUGGACACCAAGGUAGUUACCUGUGUGGAUAGUCCUUUGUGUGGUCCUAAGAAGGCCCAGGGCAAGUCCUCUGCAUGCUGGCCACGGUGGGCUCCCUGGUGGCCGCCCUCUGGGGCGUGCUUCACCUCCGCACUCUUCUACUGGGCGCUGUUGCCUUCCUGUUCUUUGUAGAUUUCCUCAAAAGGAGGCGCCCAAAGAACUAUCCUCCAGGACCCUGGCGCCUGCCUUUCCUGGGAAACAUUUUCCACCUGGAUAUUGCAAAGAUUCAUCUGGAGCUUAAGCAGCACGUGAAGAAAUAUGGCAACCUUGUUAGUCUGAACUUGGCUUACCUGCCUGCCGUGGUUGUAACUGGACUGCCUUUAAUCAAAGAAGUUCUUACCCACACAGAACAGAACUUUAUGAACCGUCCCAUGAACCCUAUUCGAGAACGUGUAUUCGGUAAAAAUGGACUGAUCAUGUCCAGUGGCCAAACAUGGAAGGAACAAAGAAGGUUCGCCCUGACCACACUAAGGAACUUCGGUUUAGGAAAGAAGACCAUAGAGGAACGCAUCCAGGAAGAAGCCCACCACCUUGCUGAGGUCAUAGCAGAGGAGAAAGGACAGCCUUUCAACCCUCACUUCAAGAUCAACAAUGCAGUUUCCAAUAUAAUUUGCUCGAUCAUCUUUGGGGAGCGCUUUGACUACCAGGAUGCUGAGUUUCGGGAGCUGCUGAGGUUACUGGAUGAGGUUAUGUAUUUGGAAGUGUCUCCUAUGUGCCAAGUAAGCACUUCUCUUCCUGCAUCUUGCUCUGGAGUAUUGGAAAAAGUACACGCUGAGAUUGACAGAGUGAUUGGCCAGGGGCAGCACCCUAGCUUGGCCAACAGAGAGUCCAUGCCCUAUACCAAUGCUGUCGUCCACGAGGUGCUGAGAAUGGGCAACAUCGUUCCUCUGAAUGUUCCCAGGGAAGUGAGUGUUGAUACAGCUCUGGGUGGAUACCACCUGCCAAAGGACACCGUGAUCCUGACCAAUUUGACUGCGCUGCACAGGGACCCCACAGAGUGGGCGACUCCAGACACAUUCAACCCAGAGCAUUUCCUGGAGAACGGACAGUUUAAGAAAAGGGAAUCCUUUCUACCUUUCUCACUGGGAAAACGCGCAUGCCUUGGAGAACAGCUGGCUAGGUCUGAGCUGUUUAUUUUCUUCACUUCCCUUCUGCAAAAAUUUACCUUCAAGCCCCCGAAGAAUGAAAAGUUGAGCCUGAAGGUUAGGGUGGGUAAGACAUUGGCCCCGGAGAGCUACAACAUCUGUGCUAUCCCCAGGGCAUGAUGCUGGAAAAGGAAGUAAAAGGCAAGAAAGAAGAAAUGGCAGCUCUCUGAAGCCUCUGGUUCCUACACAGAUGUGAGGGGACAGAAUGGAGGUGGGGGAGGGAAGAUGGGAAGAAUUGGGCUAAGAGCAAAUUGGACCACAAUUCAAGCUCUGCUAUUUCCCUCAAAAUUGAUGCAGAGCAAAUCAUUUGUGUCCUGAAUGAUUUACCUUUUUAUUCUGGCGAUCGGAAGAGAAUGGGGAUUCCUUCUCAUAUUAGUUCUUUGUAAGAAUCAAAGGAAAUAAUGGAAUAAUGGAAUUUAAGUGAUUUGUAAACAAUAAAGCACAUGAUAAAGUCAUAGUUA